AUGAGUGAAAGCAAAAAUGUCCUUCUGCUCAUAGCGGAUGACCUUGGAAAACAACUGAGCUGCUACGGUGCAACGACAAUCCUCACCCCAAAUAUUGAUCGACUUGCUGGUCAGGGUACUCGAUUUGACUAUGCAUUUGCAAGUACUGCUUCGUGUAGUGGAAGUCGUUCUGUCAUCUACACUGGCCUUCAUACCCACCAAAAUGGUCAAUAUGGACUCGCAAGCCAUCGGCAUCACUUUGUCACAUUCGAUCAUGUCGAAACUCUACCGCAGCUACUGAAUCAAAGUGGACACCAGACGGGAAUUCUCGGCAAAAUACAUGUUGGCCCGUCGAGCGUUUACCCUUGGAAAGAGACAAAGGAAAGCGUCACUCGGGAUGUCGCUGUAAUUGCCGACCAAGCAAGAUCUUUUUUUCAAGAUGUCAAAAAAAGCCAGCAAGCUUUUAGUUUGACGGUCGGAUUUCACGAUCCCCAUCGCGAUCAAACACGGGGCGGAUUCGGUAAUGAUUUGGCAUACGAUCCUCGGAUUACCACAGGGAGUUAUACCGCAGAGAAUGUCGAGGUUCCGUCUUUCAUCACCGAUUCACCCGGAGCUCGAUCUGAGCUAUCCGAGUAUUACAACUCGAUUCACCGUCUGGAUCAGGGCGUUGGCAUGGUUCUCGAUGGUUUGAAUGAUUCAGGCUUGGCCGAGUCGACUCUGGUGAUUUUUGUGAGCGACAACGGCCCACCGUUCAUCAAUUCCAAGACAACUCUGUUUGACGCCGGAGUCCGACUACCUUUGAUCAUCAGGGAUCCUCAAUCUCCACCAGCCGUUAGCACAAAUAUGGUGUCAUAUGUUGACAUCCUUCCAACUAUUUUGGAUUUUGUCAAUCACCCAGGAGUCAAGGACACGACAGGAAAGCGAUUAGGACGCUCACUUCUCCCAAUUCUGGGAAACCAGGCUGAAUUACCAGGCUUCGAUCAUGUUUUUGGAUCCCACACCUUCCACGAGGUCACCAACUACUGGCCGACUCGUUUCAUACGGAACCGACGAUACAAGUAUCACCGGAAUCUAGCAUGGCGCUUAGACUUUCCAUUUGCAGCUGACCUAUAUGGGUCACUCUCAUGGGAAGAUAUUCGAAAUUCCACGGAGAAGGAGAUCAUGAUCGGUGGCCGAAGAUUGCAAGAUUACUUCUUUCGAGCACCCGAAGAGCUUUAUGAUUUAAAAAACGACCCAGAUGAGGUGAAGAAUCUGGUAAAAGACCCAGAUUACAAAGAGAUUCUAGAAAGCCUGAGGUCCAGCCUGGAGAAAUGGCAGCGUCGCACCGAGGACCCUUGGCUGUAUCGUGAUGGAGUUUCCUUGUGGUUCAUACGUAACCACAUAACAAAUGGAUUAAAGGUUCCGGAUAGGCUGGACUUUGAUAAGGAUCAACCAGGGAACAGACAAAGCGAAGGUUUUGUCAAGGAGACGCGCUGGGGGGAGCAUAUACUAGAGUCUGAUUGA